AAACGGAGAGUGUUUUAGUGUGAGCCAUGGCCCGAACCAAGCAGACCGCCCGCAAGUCCACCGGAGGCAAAGCCCCCAGGAAGCAGCUGGCCACCAAGGCGGCCAGGAAGAGCGCCCCGGCCACCGGCGGCGUCAAGAAGCCUCACCGCUACCGGCCCGGCACCGUGGCUCUGCGGGAGAUCCGCCGCUACCAGAAAUCCACCGAGCUGCUCAUCCGCAAGCUGCCCUUCCAGCGCCUGGUGAGAGAGAUCGCCCAGGACUUCAAGACCGACCUGCGCUUCCAGAGCUCGGCCGUCAUGGCUCUGCAGGAGGCCAGCGAGGCUUACCUGGUCGGCCUCUUCGAGGACACCAACCUGUGCGCCAUCCACGCCAAGAGGGUCACCAUCAUGCCCAAAGACAUCCAGCUGGCCCGCCGUAUCCGCGGAGAGAGGGCUUAGACUCAAACAGGGACUACAACACACAACCAAAGGCUCUUUUAAGAGCCACAUACAGCUUUGCUCAAGAGCCGAAAAUCACCCUUUUCUCUUCACAAACUGUCUUAACUGAAAUGGCAAAGUCAAUAGUCAAUCAUACAUUCACCACUCAGACGUUUCCAAUAGAAACUCGAAUCAUAACGUCACUAAACCUCAUUGUGUAGCUCCCAUGUUGUUUUACACUUUACUUCAUGCUAGAGUCAAUACUGCGAUUCGUCCACCAGAUGGAGACACAGACCGUCUGAUCGCAGUAAAGGCAGCGAGCUGGGCACCUGACUGCAUUUCUUUCCACAGGCCAGACAUCAGCACUUGCAAUUUUACAUCACAAAGAUUAGAUAGCAAAGUAAAGACACAAGACUCGCCUGUUUGUUUUUACAUAAUUACAGUGAGUAUGCAGAAUAAGUCACACACAUCUUUACAUGAGCGCUAAAAACCUCUGCAUGAUCAUAUGUACUUCUAAAGUAGCUGCUGUGUGAAAACUACAAAACUGUAUGACCAUAAAAUAUGGAGACAUUACUGAAGUAC